AAUCCGGACACCACCAGAGAUCCUAUCUUUCGGAUCCCAUCAUCUCCUUUCUUUUUAUUCAUCAUCGUAAUCAAUAACAAACUCAUGCUCCCAUGGCCCAUCAACAAUCUUCCAAAGAUAUUGAUAUCCCUGAAAUCGCUCCUUUUGAUCCUUCAAAGAAGAAGAAGAAAAAGAAGGUUGUCGUGCAGGACCCUCCUCCUCCUCCUCCUGCUGAUGAUUCUGCCCAUAUCAUAAUAACCCAAACCAUCUCAAUUUCUGAUCAGGGCGUCGAGAAUGCUUUUGUUGGUCUGAAAAAGAAGAAGAAGAAACCUCUCGAAUCUGAUACACCCAACGAUCAGAAUGCUGACAAACUAGAUGGUCUAGAUGGUUAUCAAGAAGAUGGAGAAAGCAACUUGCAUCCAAAGUAUCCAUGGGAAGGAAGUGAUCGAGAUUAUGAGUAUGAGGAGCUCCUGGGCAGAGUAUUCAAUAUUCUCCGUGAAAACAACCCCGAGCUUGCUGGAGAUAGACGUCGGACUGUGAUGAGGCCUCCACAAGUUCUUCGAGAAGGCACCAAGAAGACUGUCUUUGUGAAUUUCAUGGACUUAUGCAAGACCAUGCACAGGCAGCCCGAGCAUGUAAUGACGUUCCUACUUGCUGAAAUGGGCACAAGCGGGUCUCUUGAUGGACAACAGAGAUUGGUUGUUAAGGGGCGAUUUGCACCUAAAAAUUUUGAGGGCAUUCUGCGUAGAUAUGUCAAUGAAUAUGUGAUAUGUAAUGGCUGCAAAAGUCCUGAUACACUUCUUACAAAGGAGAAUCGGCUUUUCUUUCUUCGAUGCGAGCAGUGUGGUUCUGGGCGGUCUGUGGCUCCGAUUAAAGCUGGAUUUGUUGCCCGUAUUGGACGUAGGAAGCCAGGAACUUAAUGAAGAUGUUUGUGUUUUCCCCUUGUUAUCAUCACUUCUCUCAACUCAUCCCCUUGUAUGAUUUCAUUCUGCGUUUUCCACAAUUCUUGAAUUGGUUCCUCUCUCAAAUCUCUCACUUGCUUUCUGUUUUGGAAUUCUCAGAUUCUAAAUUGGACACCAGGUUUUUUUUUUU